AAAUGUUGACAGUGCAAAUGGUGAGGAAAAUGGAAGUUGUGUUUCUUCAGGAUCCAGCGAAAUAAUUGCUGAAAAAGAGGAAGGAACAAUCCAGAAUAAUUUUGAUUUGGAGGAGGUCCAACUUCAAAAGGAGCAAGAAGGCAUUUGCAGCAACUGUGAAAGUGUUGAGUCCAAACACUGUCCGAAUUCUGAUGAAAUUCAGAAUUUAAGUUCACCGGAGAAGGGAGCGACAGUCAAGAAAAGCAUAGACUUCAACAGAUCAAGCUUUCUAGAAGAAUAUAAUUUCAGUCCUGCAGAAAAGGAAACACUAAUGAAAAUUGCUAUACCUGAAAUUCUUGAAAUCUGGCUGGAGGAGUCUGCCGAAGACUUUCGUCAAGUUCCAACUUACUCUUGUCUCCGGAAGGUACUUUGCUACUUGAACCAGACAGUGCCGGGGUCAGAUGCUGAACAUCGGGCCCAGAAACUCCUGAGUCGGUUUUUGGCGGAGGAAACAGCGGAGAAAGAGAUGUUCAAAGGCUACCAUAGAAGAGUUAGAUUCUAUAUUGGAGAAGAACACGACCAAACCAUCGAACAAGUUGACGAAAAGCUCCUGUCCUACCCAUCACGCUUCAUUGCAGAGCAGCUGACUUUUAUGGAUGCUGAUCUUUUUCGGAAACUUGUGCCCAGCCAAUGUUUAGGGUCCAUCUGGUCUCAACGAGGGAAGGAAGAAAAACAGCAUCUGGUAUCAACCGUCCAGGCCACCAUUACACAGUUCAAUAAUGUUACAAAAUGUGUCACCAGCACCAUAUUAAGACCUCAACAGUUGAAACCAUGGCAGAGGGCUAAAAUCAUUGAGAAAUGGAUUGAUGUUGCCCAGGAAUGUCGGAUCUUGCAGAAUUUCUCGUCAGUGCAUGCUAUUACCACUGCAUUGCAAUCAAAUAGUGUGUUCAAUUUGAAGAAGACUUGGGCAGCCGUGUCAAAGAGCAGGAAGACAACAUUUGAAGACCUUUCAAACAAUGAAGAAGAUAACUUUAUAGCAAGUAGAGAGCUGCUAAUGGAGGAUAUAGUUCAGGGAAUUGUGCCGUACCUGGGAACUUUCUUAACAGAGUUUUCAGUGCUGGAUUCAGCUUUCCCUAAUUACUAUUCAAAUGGCUGGAUCAACUUUGACAAGAGACAAAAAGUUAGUACUGAAAAUUGCAUUGUGCAAAAUGUUUGGAAUUGUCUGAAAGGGGAAAAGCAUGCUUUUCACUCAUGUGCUGCUUUAUUUGCUUGA